AGUGAUAAAAAAGUGACUGGUGAUUGUCUAACUAUGUAACCACAUGUUGAAUGUAAUUAUAGUGGAUCUAAUUAAUUUUUUAUGUUAUUAAUUUAAUUUUCCUGCAAUCGUCAUUAGUGCACUUGAUGUUACAUUGUCGGACAAUCGUUUAGAAUGAAUUAUUGCAAAUUCCAUUCCUCUGUAAUUUCAGGAGGAAAACCCCUCAUCAUGAUCAUACAAUUACUUGACUUGCAUCUUUUAUACUAAGAAAUGACUUCAUUGGUCAGUCAUCUUCGUGUGUAGUUUCACUUCUGCUAUGCUUUUGACACCUUUCAGAAUAAUCCUCAGAAGUUUUGCAGGUUCUCGUUUUUCAGCCCUCUCCAGCCUUUGGUGUCGCAAACAGGAUAAGCUUUCAACCUUAAACUUUUACUCAGACCAAACCACCAUGCUCGCUGUGGAUCAUACAUUAAAAGACUUUCCGCCAGGGCCUUUGGAUGUUUACAGGAAGAAAGCCUCUUUUGAUUGGAGAAAGUUAAAGCUGCUACUGGAGGACGAAAAACUGUGGAGAUUUAAGGUGAAAAUAUGGCAGGCAUUAGAAAGUGAUCCAAUUUUUCGGCAUGUUGAUGAUUUGCCUUUAGAUGCUCAAAGAGAACUAGCAACGAAAAGGAUGUACAGGGUCCGAGCGAUGAAUUUCUUGCCCUUGGAGGAUAUUUUAGAAGAUCCUAGACUGCCGCUCACCAUGAUGAUAGCAUUGUUCCAGUAUGAACCAUCUAUGACAGUCAAAUACUCUCUUACGUUUUCAAUGUUUGGCAAUGUUGUACUAGGUCUUGGGUCAGAAAGGCAUUUCCACUAUUAUGAAGAAGCUCUAGAAGGAAAGAUUUUAGGUUGUUUUGCUUUAACAGAGAUAUCGCAUGGCUCCAAUGCCAAAGGGAUGAGAACCAUAGCAAAGUAUGAUCCAGCGACUCAAAAAUUUCUCCUCCACUCACCUGAUUUUGAAGCUGCUAAAUGUUGGGUCGGUAACCUAGGAAAAACUGCCACCCAUGCAAUUGUCUAUGCCAAACUCAUAACUCCAGAUGGGAAGGACCACGGUUUGCAUGCAUUCGUGACAAAAAUUCGUGAUCCUGAAACAAUGCUUCCUUACAAAGGUGUGACUGUCGGGGAUAUGGGUCACAAAGGCGGAUUAAAUGGCAUUGAUAAUGGGUUUGUCUUGUUUGAUAACUAUCCUGUUGAUCGGGAAGAUCUUUUAAACAAAACUGGUGAUGUCACUCCUGAAGGAGAAUACGUAACUCCAUUCAAAGAUCCCAAUAAGAGAAUAGGUGCAAAUUUUGCAGCCUUGUCUGCAGGUCGAGUCGGCAUAGUCAGCAUCUGCCUAGCUUAUAUGACAAAAGCAGUCCCUAUCGCAGUACGAUAUGCAGCUACUCGUCGACAAUUUGGACCAGAGAACAAAGAAGAAUUGCCUAUUCUAGAAUACCCUCUUCAUCAAUGGAGACUGAUUCCGUAUCUAGCUGCAGCAGUGGUUUUGAAGAAUUUCGGUGAAUUUUUCAGUGCAGCUCUUGCAGAGACCUCAAAAGCUGCAUUUUUGAACUUGCAUCAGGAUGAUACCAGCAAAGAACAAGCAGCUAAACUGGGGAUUGAAAUACACACUCUGUCAAGUUCAGCAAAACCAGUAGCUGCAUGGAUUACUAAUCUUGCGAUUCAAGAAAGUCGGGAAGCAUGUGGAGGUCAUGGCUACUUAAAAAUUGCGGGACUGUGUGACCUCCGAGAGGAUACAGAUGUAAAUGCAACCUAUGAAGGCGACAACAAUGUAUUAAUCCAGCAAACAAGCAACUGGUUACUACAACUAUGGUCUAAAAGGAAGACUCCUGGUGUGUUUGAUUUUCCAUUAGGCUCAGUCACAUUUAUUGCUGAUGCAGAUAAAAUAUUAAAUUCCAAGUUCACUGCGACAAGUGUGAAGGAGGCAGUUUCACCUAAAGUAUUGCAAGAUGCAUUCCAAUGGUUGAUUUGUCACCUUCUGAAGUCAACAGCUGCCAAAAUUGAAACUUUGUCGAAGAAAGGCUUCGACUCAUUCAGUGUCAAGAAUCAUUCCCAAGUCUACUUAGCAAGAACGUUGUCUCUAGUAUACUGCGAGCAUUUCCUACUGAAGAAAAUUUUGGAGCGAGCUGAAUCCGUCAAAGCUGAUGAGAAAUUGUACAAGAUUCUUCUGAAGGUGUCCUCUCUCUAUGGUGCAUGGUCUUUGGAGAAACAUCUCGUAACCAUGUAUCAAGGGGGUUAUGUAUCAGGUGCUUUACCAGCCACUAUAUUGCGAGAUGGAAUUUUGGACUUGUGCUCAGAGCUGAAAGACGAUGCUGUUUCCUUAGCAGAUGUGAUCGCUCCCUGUGAUUUUGCGCUCAACUCUGCACUGGGAAUGUCUGAUGGAGAGCUCUAUAAAAACUUUCAAAAAGCUCUCUGCGAAUCUCCAGACACAUUCACACGGCCCAGUUGGUGGAGGCAGGUGACAUUUUGGGAGGCAGCUUUGCCGGCCAGUAAACUAUAACUCAAUAACAUCAUUUUAAGUUGUAGAAAAUAUAUUGGGCCAAUUUAAAAUGAGUUAUCAGGAACUCAAUAUUAGCCUUAAUAAUUGCUCACUUUUUAUAUUUUCAGGAAAAAAUACAGGGUACUUAGCUUUUUUAUGAAACUCUCUCUUUAAAGCUGGAAAUUACUUGAUUACAUUGAUAGGAAAAGUGAAUCUCCUUAGAAAAAUUUUAUUUUUUUAAUAAAAUGAGUUCAUUCACUUUUUGAAAUCACCUCUUCUUGUUUCGAAUCUCUACCAAAGUAACUACUUAAGCCGAUAUUGAACAUCGCACAUUGUUAGUUUUCUAAUUUUAAACUAUGUUCCUUGAAUUGUAAAAGACACUCUCUUCAAGUGAGAAAUAAUAUUGUAAUUGGUUACAUUGCUAUUAGGUAAGGUGAAUCUAAUUUUUUUCUCACCUCAUAUGACAUUAUUUGAACUCUGUGGUCUGACAAAUUAGUGUAAAACUUCUGUUUGGGGCAGCCAAAAACGGGUAAUGGGCUUUUAUCCAUUAUAAUUAGAUUGCAACUAUUUUUUAAUGUUUUCAAGUUGCUAAGAAUUUUACUUUGUAUACUGAAACAACAUCACAUGUUUUUUUUUACUGUUAUUUUUUACUUGUUGUUUUUAUUGAUAGUCUAUACUUAUUGUUGUUUUGUAUUGUUUCUUUGAUUAUAUUUUUUGGACAGAUCUC